GUGGUACGUCCCGCGGGAGGCGGAGUCUUCCUUUUCCCCGGUGAACCGCAGCCAUGAGCAUGCUCCGGCUCCAGAAGCGUCUGGCCUCCAGCGUCUUGCGCUGUGGCAAGAAGAAGGUUUGGUUGGACCCAAAUGAAACCAACGAGAUUGCCAACGCCAACUCCCGUCAGCAGAUUCGUAAACUGGUGAAGGACGGUCUGAUCAUCCGUAAACCCGUCACCGUCCACUCCAGAGCUCGCUGCCGCAAGAACACGCUCGCCCGACGCAAAGGCCGCCACACCGGAUAUGGUAAGAGGAAGGGCACAGCCAACGCCCGUAUGCCCGAGAAACUGUCGUGGAUGCGACGCAUGAGGAUCCUGCGGCGUCUGCUGCGGCGCUACAGGGAGUCCAAGAAGAUCGACAGGCACAUGUACCACAGCCUCUAUCUGAAGGCUAAAGGUAACGUGUUCAAGAACAAACGCAUCCUGAUGGAACACAUCCACAAACUGAAGGCAGACAAGGCUCGCAAGAAGCUCCUGGCUGAUCAGGCUGAAGCUCGCCGUACUAAGACGAAGGAGGCUCGUAAACGCAGGGAGGAACGUCUGCAGGCCAAAAAGGAGGAGAUCAUCAAGACUCUGUCCAAGGAGGAGGAGCCUAAGAAGUAAUCUGAUUACUCUGCCCACAAUAAAUGUGUAUAGAA